AUUUUGUGUUCCGUGUUACGUCACUUCCUCCUGACCCUUUCUCUUUCCUUUCCGCGUCGGCCAUUUGUUAUAAACGACUGAGCUGAUUGACAGUCAGAUAAAGUCAGGAUGCAGAACGACGCUGGUGAAUUCGUGGACCUGUACGUCCCUCGCAAAUGUUCUGCUAGUAACAGAAUUAUUGGUGCCAAGGACCAUGCCUCCAUCCAGAUCAACAUCGCUGAGGUGGACAAGGCUACAGGACGGUUCAAUGGACAGUUCAAGACCUACGCCAUCUGCGGUGCUAUCCGGAGAAUGGGUGAAGCUGACGACUCCCUCCUGAGGCUCGCCAAGAACGACAGCAUUGUGGCGAAGAAUGCCUAAAAAGGAUUGCAACGUUUUCAUAAAUUAAAAAAAUAAUAAUGAAAAAGGA